UUGAAAGAGUAUGUCUAAACUCAUUUGGAGUCAAGAGACGGCUUAUAAGUAACCUAGAAUCAAAGGAACAAAUCCUAUACUGGAUAAAAGGUUGACAGCUACUCUACUCUACUCUACUCUAGCCUUUCUUCUUCUUCUUCCUUUGAUUUCACUGACUGUUGGCAAGUAGCGAAAGUUGAAUUACUGCCACCUACUGGACUGGUGCGUAAAACAGUGAAACAACGAACAUGUACAAUCGCACAAUCAAUCAAUAACACGCCUUUCAAUCAAUAACGUGCCUUCUUCAACCAGCUAAUUACUGCCCUGGUCCUAGCUUGUAUCAGGGCUAACUAUGAUGCUAACUAGCUAAAGCUACGCCAGUGACCCCGCCCACCCUACGUCACGUCACCUCCAGGCUAUGUGAUUUAGUUCGUUUUUUUCCUCCAUACAUUGUAAAUAACUCUAAAGUUGAUAAUAAAACACUGUUUUUUUACUUUAUGUUGGUACAAGUUUAAGUCGAAACGCUAACAGGUGCAGUACAGUUGUAAAACAUGCAAAGAAAACGACUCCUGCCGAUAAAAUAAGGUUUGUCAACACAGCUCGCUAACGCAAAUCAUGUCCAGCUCAGCAUCCAUUAGCAAUACAUUGCUAAUAAAUUAACGCGUGCCUUUUUUUGAGACACCAUUCACUACAUGUAUCUGCUGUUCAUAACUUACAGCAGCUUUACCCAAAUGUUGUCCCUGAGCCCAUUUGUAGGUCUCCACUCACUUCAGGGUUGAGCAUUAUUGCUGUGCACACUCAGCUCUCUCUACUGUAGCUAAUCCACUGGGACCAGCUGAGUUCAUUUGUCACAGAACCACUGACUUUGACCAAUUUUCUCCUUUCACCACUGGGACAGAAAAGGCUUCUGAUCCGGUGCCAUGAAGCGCAUUACAGCGUGAAACGUUAAAUGGCCCGAGGACUACAUCAUUUUGACAUUCAUUAGCAAAAUUAAUAUCACAUAUUGAUUGAGGCUUUUCGUAAAUCACCAGGCUGAGCCUUGUCCCUGCUGAAAAGUCAUGUCCUGUGCAAACGUAGCUGUGGACGUUGGCCUGUGGCAGACCUGUUUCAGAGAUAAAGGUCUUUUUGGAAAGAUGUGUUGUCUUACGCCGAGGAGAACCUGCGUGGUGUGCCCACCCGGCUGGACUGUGUCAGGGCCAGCGAGCAGUGUCUGAAGGAGCAAGCGUGCAGCACCAAGUACCGCACGAUGAGACAGUGCGUGGCCGGCGGUAAGGAGAGCAACUUCAGCAUGGUGGCGGGCCUGGAGGCCAAGGACGAGUGCAGGAACGCCAUGGACGCGCUCAAACAGAGCCCGCUGUAUAACUGCCGGUGUAAAAGGGGCAUGAAGAAAGAGAAGAACUGCCUGCGCAUAUACUGGGGAAUCUACCAGACAUUACAAGGUAAUGAUUUCUUGGAGGAUUCUCCAUAUGAACCCGUGAACAGCCGUCUAUCUGACAUUUUCCGCCUGGCUCCCAUUAUUGGUGAGCCUGCAGUGGCCACGGAGAAUAACUGUCUGAAUGCUGCUAAGGCUUGCAACCUGAAUGACACAUGUAAGAAGUACCGCUCAUCCUACAUCAGUCCCUGCACCAGCCGCGUCUCCACUGCUGAAGUCUGCAACAAGAGGAAGUGUCACAAGGCUCUGCGGCAGUUCUUUGACAAGGUUCCUCCAAAGCACAGCUAUGGCAUGCUGUUCUGCUCAUGUCCCCUCAGCGACCAGACUGCGUGCUCUGAACGCAGGCGUCAGACCAUCGUCCCUGUCUGCUCGUAUGAAGAAAAACAGAAACCCAACUGUUUCGAACUGCAGGCCUCCUGCAAGACCAACUACAUCUGCAGGUCACGACUGGCUGACUUCUUUGUCAACUGCCAGCCAGAGCCGCGCUCUCUGUCAGGGUGUUUGAAGGAGAACUACGCAGACUGCCUCCUUGCAUACUCGGGUCUAAUUGGUACGGUGAUGACGCCCAACUACCUGCGCUCACCCAGAAUCAGCGUCUCUCCCUACUGUGACUGCAGCAACAGCGGUAACAACAAGGACGAGUGUGAUAAGUUCACCGAAUUUUUCACUGAGAACACCUGCCUCCGUAACGCCAUUCAGGCCUUUGGGAACGGGACCGAUGUGGCAGUGUGGCAGCCAAUGUCCCCCGUUCAGACGACCACCUCCACCACCACCCCCUACCAGAGGAACCGCGAACGCAACCCUAACACCUUCGACAACCAGAUUAACACAGACCCCGUCUAUAACUUCUGUAGCAGCCUACAGGCUCAGAAGUUGAAAUCAAACUCAACCGCUGAUGGUGUCUUCUGUGUGGACCCUCACAUAGACGGGCCAAGUACGUCCAACGCCAUCCAGAGCAACGCGGCCGUCUCCAGGCAGCCCGCGCCCCUGGCCCUGUUCCUGCCCCUGCUGCUCUGGCUGUGGUGCUGCAUCCUGCCGGCGCUCUCCUCACCGGGCAACUUGUAGCCUCGCUACUUAACAACAACAAACUACACAGGACUGACAAACACACAUUUGUAUAAAAGAAAAAGCAAAACAAGAAAUUAUAUCCUUUCUUCUUGGUAAUACCUGUGGUACUAUUAUUUCCUUUUGGAUUCUGUCUUACCUUUGAUUCAUACUUUGUGGUUUUUUUAUGAAUUUUUUUGGAAACUCUGUUGUUGUAUUGUUCAUUUGUUUGUUUUUUGCGUUGCAGUUUUGUGCUAAAACAGUGAUACAUGAGAACAGUUUUCUUUGUUUUCUCUUGAAAAAGGGAGUAAAAGCUUUGUGUUGCUCACUUGGGCAAAAAUAAGCAAACACUUGAGGACUACAUUCCUAUAAACCACAGCCGGUGUCUCUUGGAACAGUAAACACACAAUGUAAAUUAGCACUGAUUUUCAGUCGUCACAUCAGUUGUCGCCCCCGUCUGUCUGUGUGUUGAGGCUAUAGGUGGGAUCUUUUGCUUAAAAGUCACAGUCAGUUCAGUAACGGCUACAUGUGAUCACACAGGCAGUCUUUUGGUGUUAUUCUGUCUCCUUUGUGAUUUGUGUUUGUGUGUUUUGAUAAUGCCAUGAUUAGGUGUUUUACACUUAUAUGAGCCAAAUGAAAGGUCCACGAGUAUUUACCUGACAAAGCCUUUUGUUUCGGGGGAGAACUGAUCAUUCAAAACGAUAAGUUGGAACAUCCCAAACUGUCUUUACUGUAGCUCAUACUGAACACAUGUUGCUGCUGGCAAAAGCACACAGGCAAAGACCCACAAACACACACUGCACAUGUUCACACAUUCAGACAAACACACUCAUUUUGCCAACAGGGUGAUACUGAGAGAUCACAGGACAGUAGGUUAUACACUGCAUCCACUGCACUUAUUAGUGACUGUACAUACUUGUAAUUGUUAGAAGUCCAAGCCACGUUCAGUAUUUCUCCUAUUUCUUUGUUUUGUUUAUGGGUUUUUUGUUUGUUUGUUUUGUUUUCUUGUUGGUUUUUCAGGUUUGAUGUAUUUCACUGCACUGUGUUUACAAAAACAGACGAGAGCUGUGGAGAAAACCUAUAUUCAACAGCAACUCAUGCCGCCUUCGCUCCAAAGCUGGAAGCAUCCUGUUCUGUCAGCUCGCUGUUAUGACUUAAUGGCCUCAGUUGUGAAACUGUCAAAAUGUGUUUGGAGAAGGAGUGACCACUUUCAACUGGCCAUUUGCUGAGCUCUACCUCGCUGAGAUACUCUCGCUACACCUGUCAAGCUUUGUAUUCUAGCAUAGCAUUUAUGAAGUUCUCCAUAAUAACUGUGGCAUUGUUGCCACUCAAAAUUUUAUCAAGCUACUUUCAUUUUCUAAUGAUUAUAGCUGACUUGAAAAUGAAUGCAGUGAAUAAGGUUUUUUGUUCUGCACCACUGAAUAAGUCUGAAACUGACAGUACUGUAGGCCCCAGGCAAACUGUUAGCAUCCUCACCAGUUGUUGUACAAUACAUGGAAAUAAAGCUACAUUGUCAUGUCACAGGCUAAAACUAGUUAGCAUGACAGCAUAGAGCAUAUGAAAAUAUGAAAGUACAACAGGUCGUGUUGAAUGUUGAGACGGGGCACCAAAUUGUUUGGAUCUCACUUUUCUGACUGGUAAUUCAGAAUGGAUAAUGUCAGCUGACUGUAGCUAACUUGUAGUGGACCUAGAGAUCCUGUCGAUGGGAGCAACACUCUGCAGCCUGAUCUCAGCUCUUGGUUCGGGAGCUAACACUAGCUAGCUGCUGUUGGCAGAUGACACAAACACUGUAGAUUAAUCCAUGUCUGUCUUGUCUGUGCUCAAACCGAACAGUGAAGUGGACAUUUGGGCGUAGUGGAAGCACCUGCUACUGUAUGUAGCUAUAUGGGAUAGUAUUUUUUUAUUAAGAUAUAGAUGUAUAAAGGUACAGUAUCUAUGAUUGAUAAUGAGUGUAAUGCUCUCAAAUUGGAGCAUUUACCCAAAAUUCAACAAUAAUGGCAACUUAACAUUCUCUAUUAUGAUAAAAAAAAUGCAAGCUAAGAAUGUUAUUGUUUUUAUAGAAAAACAUACUUUGACUAGCAACACAAAUGAUCACCAAUGAGUCACAAACCAACAUCCCCGACCCUGACAAACAGCAGGAUAGAGCCGCUAACACUUUGAUAGGGUAACGAGUCCUGAAUGGGUAACCAACAAAACAAUGGAGCUAGCUAUUUAACUGUUGCUCUACCUUAGAAGAAAUGCUGUCUGUACCUGUAAGUAGUAAGUGAGGCAUGCUAACAGUAGCAACUUGUCAGAUAAACUCAGUUCAAUUUGUUCUUUCCAGUCUUGCAUUUUUGUUUUGUAAAGUUAUUAAAAAAUGGCACCACCCUUCCAACUUUUUGUACAUACAGUAUGUACUGCAUCAUGCACAUCACUACAGGUGUUCAAAAGACUCCAAAGCCUGACAGAUGUGCUGUGCCUAUAACUGGACUGUUGCAGUUUGAGGGAAGAGUUUAACAAAUGGUCAAUCUUCUGGUUUGUUGAAACCAUCACUAGCAAACACAUGACAUGUGACUUAUGUACUAUAUGUGCAUUGUUCAAGCAUUUUCUUUGUCUGUUCCUGAGGACUGCUGCCAGAAUACAGAAAGCCACAGCAUCGCAGUAAGUUGUGGUAGAUCAGUUGUUGUGAGGUUUUGAACCCACCCAACAAGAAGUCCGGGCUUUUAAUCUGACCAAACGUCUGUGCAACACAUGAUCAGGAACUUCGUGUACAUCACUGUGGCAUGUUACUUUAGCCAUCUGGACACUGACAGGAGCAUUUAUGACACACUGCUUGGUUUUAUGUAGCUUCUCAAAACAUGCUUAAUGUAUAGUUAAAUGUUAUUCACCAAGCAUAAACAUGGUAUAUGCACUGUAUGUACUUGGCUGAAACUACGAAUUGGACAAAUAAAUGUCUGACGAUAUUCUAUUCCAGAGCAUUGUGAGCUAUUUUGACAUUGAAUAAGCCAGAAUAUUGUUUUAUAACAACUUAUUGUAUAUGUUUAUUUCUCCCAAUAUGUACAUGAUUGUGGAUAUUAUUGCAUCAGAGAAAGACGAUAUCAGUGUUGUAGUUAAACACAGCUAUUUGCUGAACACACUGUUUUGUACCAUAGCCCCAUUUAUUUGAUUUUUUGGCUAAGAUUUGAACUUAUUUUUCUAUCUUUUACUGAUUUUAGCAGUUUUGAUGAGUUGAAGUGAAUGAGCUGGAUCGGCCACAGCUCAGAUGUGAAUCGCUCUUCUUGUCGAGACUGUUGAGUGCUGUGCAAUAAUUACUUUGGUUUUACCACUGAAAUAGUUAUAGUCACAGUACCAGGGAGUUGUGCAAGAAAGAGAAUUGUCAUUGCAUGGUUAUUGGGAAGGAAAUAAGUCAGUGUUUAAGGCUAAAUAUAUUCUAUAACAUACUAUUAAAGAUUUUUUAUAGUAUAUUUGACCAGAGAUGAGCAAGUGAGUGAAGUCCCACAGACUGAAUGUGUGCAGCUUCAAAGGACAGUUAAAUCAAAAUGUUAAAUUGCUAUAUGGCAAAAGGUCUUAGGGGGACUGGAUACAUUUCUUAGAAUUGUGUCUUACAGUAUGUGUGAUCAUUUUUUUUUUAAUCCCAGUGUUGUGUCAUCAUGGGGCCUGGAACAGGAGCUGAAGUCUAGAGGUGGUUCGGUGCUUCCUCGCUCUGUGAAGAGUUCCUCUGAGUUCAGAGGGCCUCAGAACUCGAGUCCCUUCCUCCUGAUGUUAGGAUCCCACCAAAAAAAGAUGGUGAAUAUGUUUUGCCAUCAACCUCCUAAAAAUACGAGAAAUGUUUUGGUUUUUUUCUGGAUGUGCAGACUCUCUCGGCAAUCUGGCAUUAAGUUCUUAGCUUGUGAAAA